CUGCCCCUGUACAUUUCCCGUCGCACAAAUCUCUUUACGGCCGUUCACCAAGGAAUUUCAAACUCCCUCUCUUCACAGAUCCCCUCUUCGAAAAUGUUUCUUAAAACUUCAAUUAUUUCCUUUAAAUCAUCUUUGAAUGUUAGAUUUUCAUCUUCAUUCAUUCCUUCGUCACUGAAAUCAGCCAAACGCACCACUACUAUUAAACACCUUUCUAAACUUGAUAAUUUCCUCCAUGUAAACUGCAAGUCGGGUAACUUUUCUCUUGAUGAAGCUCUUGAUUCUUUCGAUUACAUGAUUCAUAUGGACCCCACUCCUGGAGGGGUUUUUACCCUGACGCCGUGACUUUUACUAGUCUGAUUAUUGGUCUUUGUAAGGAGGGCAAAAUUGAGAAGGCGAUUGAAUUGUUUGGAAAAAUGGUUUCUGUUGGAUGUAGGCCUGAUGUGGUUACAGUUGGGUGUUUGAUCACUGGCUUUUGUAGAACAGAUGGUCUUUGCAAAUAUGGCUUAGUAGACAAGGCGAAGGAACUGUUUUCAGAAAUGAAGUCCAAGGCUGUUAAUCCAAACGUGAUUACUUACAACACUUUAAUUUACGGAUUGUGCAAUACAUCUAAUUGGGAGGAGGCUAAAACUUUAUUUGCAGAAAUGUCGGAUGAAGGUGUAAAGCCUGAUGAGGUGACAUUUACUGUGGUUAUGGAUGAACUUUGUAAGAAUGGGAAGAUUGAUGAAGCCAAUGGAUUGCUCCAACUAAUGAUUAAUAGAGGUAUUCACCCCAACACAAUUACUUACAAUGCAAUUUUAAGUGGUUACUGCUUGGCAGGUAGAAUUGAGGAUGCAAGAAAACUAUUUGAUUCCAUGGAAAGUAAGGGGUGUAAGCCUAAUGUUUUUAGCUUCAGUAUUUUAAUGAAUGGUAUGUGCUUGGCAAAUAAAAUUGAUGAUGCUAAGGAAUUGUUUUCUUUGAUGUUGAGUAAGGGAUGCAAACCUAAUGUAGUUAGCUACACUACGUUGAUCAAUUGGUAUUGUAAGAAUCGAAAAGCUGAUGAAGCUAUUUGUGUUUAUAAGGAAAUGACCUCAAAGGGAAUUCAGCCAACAAUUGUUACAUUUAACACCUUGCUAAAAGGUCUUUUCAUAUAUGGUAAAGUUGGACAUGCAAAAAAACUAUUUGAUGAGAUGCAACUUAGUAAUGUUCCUCCCAAUUUAAUUACGUAUAAUAUUCUUAUUGAUGGGUUUUGCAAAAAUGGUUGUGUUUUGGAGGCUGUUGAACUGUUUCAUUCUUUAAGAAACGGAAACAUUCAUCCUGACAUCAUUACUUUCAAUUGUCUCAUUGAUGGUUUGUGCAAAACAAGAAGACUCAAUAUUGCUUUGGAACUAUUUAACAGAUGGCACAAUGAAGGAUUUGUUCCAGAUGUUGUGACAUAUAACAUUCUGUUGUAUGGACUUUGUAAAGAAGGGAAGUUGGAGAUGGCAAGUAAUUUUUUAUCAGAUAUGGAACAAAACGAUUGUGCUCCAAAUUGCAACAGUUUUAAUACUCUUAUGUCUGGUUUCUUGCAAAAUAAUGAGACUUCAAAAGUGGUAGAACUUCUUCACAAAAUGAAAGAGAGAAAUGUGAAGCCAGAUGCAUCCACGGCUUCAAUUAUUCUAGAUUUACUACAAAGGUAUAAAAACUACAGUGAAGUCCUAAAUUUGCUACCAGCGUUCUCAAACCAAGAACGUACAGAUAGUUGAUUGUCAAGUAACUGCAUUUUCUGAGGGAGUGCAACUUAUCACAAGAGUCUUGCCAGAUGUCAAAGUUUCUAUGUAAAGGUUUGUGCCAACAUUGUAGUGCUCAAUAGGAAAAUAUGAAAUUUCGGUCUCCUUAUUAGGAAAAAAAAAAAUCAGUCAACCAAUAAAUAUCCAUGUCAACCUUAAAUUGUGCAUGUUAACCAAGAAAUAUCCUGGUCAUGAUUUCUAAAUUAAAACAAAAAUCUAAAUUUAAAUGGUAUUAAAGGUUGGACCUGUUUCUGUGUAAGAGAAUGCAAGUUAGGUUUUUCAAUAGGAAAUUAUGAAAUUUCAGUCCAUGCAUUUAAAAAAAAAAAAGUUUCAAUUUUUUUUAUUCAAAAAACUAAUAGUUCGGUGCAUUCAAGUGUUGUUAUUUCUAAACUAAAUCGUUAUAUUUUAUUCACUGCAAUCCACAUUUCAAUCCUGUUAAUCUGAGUAAAGUUGCAAGAUGAAUAGUCGAUGGUGAAUUUGCAUCCUUAUCUAUGUUCAGUCUAGUUUCUCUCCACAUUUGCAAAACCCAUGAGGGUAUUAUACUAAAUAAUACGUUAAUAUUCAAACUCACUAGUAUGGUAGUCCGCUUGAAGUCUAUUAUUUAUUACAGUAUCAGAAUUUCUGAAGUCAUUAGUGCUAGUAUGGUUGAGUCUAUGUAUUUUUUCAUGUUGGAUUAACAUGUUUCAUGAUAGCUGUUAGAUUAUUUAUUUGAACACCAAGUAAUGAAUUAUUUUGUGAACUUAA